UGGUAUAAGCUCAAGCCACAAAUAAUCCUUGCUUUGUUCCUUGCCCUAUGUAACUUUCGUAGGUGCUCCUUCGCAGGCUGUUUACCUGAACCUGACUUUGCCCUCAGCAUUGUUUGCUGUUUUGGAUUUUUUCGACUCUUGGAAAAGGACCUCCAACUUUGUGGAUUAAGAUCUAAGCUUCCUGCUUACUUCGUCUGUCAACAAUUGGCUGGCAGCUUCCUGACUGGAUUUGACCACAAACCUCCUCAAGCGAACCCUGUCCACCCUCCGUCACUGCAGAACCAUCACCAGAACCUCAGUGCCAAACAACUUGAGUCAAGUACCCACCAGCUCUGGUCUCUUCUGUGCUCAACUUCGUUGUCACUCCACCCCUCCUGGCGGAUCACUCCUGAUUCUUAUUGGCCUCCCGGUUCCGGUUUUUCCCGCACCACCUCGUUCCCUAAAGUAUAUAUGCACCUAUGAGGAAGUGUUUUAUAUUGCUGCAUGAAAAAACAGCAAACUUUGAACCGGCUUCCUCUUUCUUGGUAAACUGGUCGCAACAUAUGUUUGUCAGAAACCUAAACUUCAAGAGAAUGGUGCAACUCCAGCUGGCGAAACCCAGAUGUGUUCCUGAACAUGGACUGAUGGCAGAUCUGGCCCACUCCAACCUUUAAAAGGAGAUAUCUGCUCUAUCACUGUGUUUGAAUUUUUCAGUCAUGAUGAAGAGGCUCAUUGCACUUGCUGGUCUGUUUGUUGCUGUUCUCAGCAAGGAAGCCUUUCAUGGGCAUCAGGUGUUCCGGAUUGUGCCAAAAGAUGAUGUCCAGCUGUCUCUUAUCAAACUUUUGGAGGACAUAAUGGAGCUGGAGCUGGACUUCUGGAAAUGGGUGACACCCAUAGACGUAAGAGUUCCCUCUCACAGCCUGCAGGCUGUAAAGAACUACCUGGAGAGACACAGCAUCAAGUACUUCACCGUGAUUAAAGACUUACAGGCUUUGCUGGAUGAGGAGCAGAAGAAGAUGAGGUCUGCUGGUCGUGCCGGGAACACUGACAACUUCGACUACACCAACUAUCACACUCUCAGUGAGAUCUACAGUUUCCAAGACAUGCUGGUGGCCGAGAAACCAAACUUGGUCAGCAAGACAGUGAUUGGUGAGAGCAAUGAAGGUCGUCCACUUAAUAUUCUCAAGUUCAGCACUGGCGGAACCAACCGUCCCGCCAUCUGGAUCGACACUGGAAUCCACUCCAGAGAGUGGGUUACUCAGGCCAGUGGCAUCUUGUUUGCCAAGAAGAUUGUGACUGAAUAUGGACAGGACUCUGCUCUCACUGCCAUCCUCAACAAAAUGGACAUUUUCUUAGAGAUUGUGGUCAACCCUGACGGAUACCAGUACACCCACACCAAUGACCGAAUGUGGCGUAAGAACCGGAAACCAAACCCGAGCUCCAAUUGUGUUGGUGUAGACCUCAACAGGAACUGGAAUGCUGGGUUUGGAGGACCUGGUUCCAGUAAAAAUCCUUGUUCCAACAUCUAUUGUGGACCCAUGGCUCAUUCUGAGCCUGAAGUCGCUUCCAUCGUAAACUUUGUGAGGUCACAUGGCAACAUCAAGGCCUUCAUCUCCAUCCAUUCAUACUCGCAGAUGCUCUUGUACCCCUACGGCUAUACCAUGACUCCUGCCAAAGACCAGGCUGAACUCUACCGAGUUGCUCGAAAGGCAGUCACUGAUCUGGCCUCCUUGUACGGCACUCACUACAGAUAUGGCAGCAUCAUCACCACUAUCUACCCAUCUAGUGGUGGUUCCAUCGACUGGACCUACAACCAAGGCAUCAAGUACUCCUACACCUUCGAACUGAGGGACACUGGCCACUUUGGCUUUAUCCUACCUGCCAAUCAAAUCGUUCCCACUGCCAACGAGACAUGGCUGGCCUUGAAGGUCAUCAUGAAUCACACCUUCAAUAAUCCAUACUAGAAGGAAAAUACAGAGUGGAAGCGAAGACCUUUUGGCCAUCCUGUCUUUGGCAAAUGUACUUUUUGAGUAUUAUAUGCAAAAAUAGCACAAUAAAGAAAAAGAAAAAUGCA